AAAAAUAAAACAUGACACCCACAAAGCCAAACACAUAUAUCCUGCCUAUAAUUCUUCCUAUGUGAACUAUCAAAAAAAAAAGUCACCCUACAAGAUCUCACUUUGCUGUAAAACUAGAGAAAGCCUCAAUUACUUGCAAAUUCAACAAUGGAUGAACCAUUUCUACCUCAAGUUGAAGAUACAACCAACACUCCACGAUCAAGGCGACAUCAGUAUAUUCAUGAUCCAGGCACACCACGAGCAUCAGCGCGACAGUUUAUCCCUGCAGCCUUCAUUGAUCGAGGUACACCACGGCGUCAAUCAUCUCUAAGAAGUCUUCUUCUAAACAACAACAAUGAAGCACUUCAUCCAUUCAUCACAACUCCGCGAGCUAAUUCCAUUGCUCGAAAAAAACUAAUGGAGCGCCAAUCUACUCUUAAACUUCUCAAUGAUGACAGAAAUACUACUCCUCUCAUUGCAACACCACUAGAUAAAGAUCUCAUCAUCAAUUUUGACAGAUCAAGCUCAGCUCCUCCUCUGUUCACAGAUGAAAAGGGGCUCAUCCAACUUAGCUCCCUUGAUCACAGGCAUCGACCCAAGAAAGCGCCUCGAAUCCUCCAGCUAGCUCUGCUCGGAUUGCUGCUAUACAUCAUUGUUGGAGUCACAGUAUUCACAUUAACCCAUGACACAUUUAAUGGUCAUAGAACUGUUAAACUGGUAGAUGCCCUGUAUUAUACUGUUGUUACAUUAUCUACCAUUGGAUAUGGUGAUAUAACCCCGGCAUCAACGUUCACUAAGCUGUUUACAUGUGCAUUCAUUCUAGUCGGGUUUGGGUUUAUCGAUAUUCUGUUAAACGGGUUGGUCACUUAUGUGCUUGAUUCACAGGAGGAAGUAUUACUAGAUGAAACUAAGUUGAAUAAACUUAUAAGAGAUUAUGUGAUUGAUAAAAAAAAAGGUAGAAUGAGGAUAAGAACUAAGGUAUGUUUGGCUUUAGGAGUGGUUAUUGUUUUCCUUAGUAUUGGGACAGUUACAGUACAUUUCUUGGAGAAGUUGAAUUGGGUGGAUAGCUUUUACCUGUCUGUAACAUCGGUUACUACUGUUGGUUAUGGAGAUCAUGCCUUUAAGACAGCAGCCGGAAGAUGCUUCGCGAUUAUUUGGUUAUUGGCGAGUACAUUGGCGGUUGCUAAAGCGUUCUUGUAUCUUACUGAGUAUCGGCUCGAGAAGAGGAACAGAAGGAUGGCAAAAGAUGUUCUUAAGAAGAAAUUGACUCUUGGAGAUCUAAUGGCAGCUGAUAUGGAUCAUGAUGGAUGUAUCAGUAAAUCAGAGUAUGUAAUAUUCAAGCUCAAAGAGAUGGGAACGAUAACAGACAACGACGUGGAGGAAAUCUGCAAGCAGUUUGAUGCUCUGGAGUACACCUACAACCGAAAAAUCACCAUCACUGAUCUCAUGGAAGAUGGGGCAGAAUCAUGCCCUAAAGAUGAACAUCAUGAGCCAAGUCACACCAAAACAUGAAAUUCUUCCUGUUUGCUGGCCUCGCUCGCACCCCUCCUCCUCAUUCAACCUCUCUUCCUUGGACAUUAAUAGCAUGAGCAGGUGUUUUCAUUGGCAUGUAAAUAGUGGUAUGCAUGAACUUGUAUCUGGGUGAGCUUUGUAUAUGUGAGAGAUAAGAACUGAUUGUUUCCUGAUCAAGUGAAUUUCACGAUUUUGCAUGUUAGGAAAACAAAGUUAUACAAUUAAUAUGUAUCCUGAUGAACAAAUGGAACAAAAGAUUCAAAGCAAUAGCAUACUAGAGUUAGGUGCUUUCUGCCACCAUUUUGA